UUUUUGCCUUAUUGCUGACGCAAUAACGAUUAUUUAAAUCUUUCACUUUGGACAAAGUCACUUUGAGUCACACAGUGCGCACCUUUUUCCCCACCUCGCGCUCCUUUUCCCACCACCACACACAUCCAUUCUCCAUCCUCUUCUUUUUCCCUCCCGCAUCCAGAGACUUAUCUCCGUCUCCAAAAUCGUCAGCUGAAUGGACUUUUUCUCCCUCCUCCUUUUACGACCAAUCCUCCUUCUUCCAUCCAUCCUUCCUGGCGGCUUUUAUUAGGACCUCGUUUAUUUUCUGGUCGCCCCGCUCUCUGGACUAUGCCGUCGGGGGCUGCCGGGGCUGUAGAGGACCGUGGAAACCCACCGCAGGUGCGAUGAGGUUUUACGACGCUGCGGUACAGAUGAUUGAACACUUUGAUUAUUAACUCAGCGCAAUUUUUUUUCCAGGAGCCGCCGCGCUGCGCUUUCCUUUCACUGAAAUAUAGGACGGAGGGGUGGAAAAAAAGAGGGUAACAUACUUUUGGGGGAAAAAUCAAAGGCACAACUUGUGUUCCGGAACGAAUCUUAAAGCACUGCUUUCAUUCAUUCUCAAACUGGCGUUCGUGUGAGGAAGAUGUGACCCUUUUUUUUUUUUGCCUUCUUUUGCGCACAGGCACGUCCGAUUGUAUCUAAUGAGCGAAGCGCUGCUUUCCUUUCAGUUGCUCGAUGUUCACACGUCUUUUUGUUGGAUUACACGAGGGGACAUGAGCACAGUGAGAGGCCGAGGAGCUGGAUUGUAAGAUUACCACCUUUGCUUUUUUUUUUUUCUCCCUUCCCCGUCUCUUCAAAGAGGAAGUGCUCUCUCUGUAUGUUCAAUGGCUCCAGUGUCGAGGCGCAAAGAUGCCAGUCGCUGGCCGAGGAUGUCAUCAACUUUCUGGGCUGUGCUGCUUCUGACAGCGCUUCUUGUUCUCUACUGCGGCCAGCUGGCAGCGGGGACAUGUGAGAUUGUGACGCUGGACAGGGACAGCAGCCAACCGCGGCGGACCAUCGCCAGGCAGACAGCCCGCUGCGCCUGUAAGAAGGGCCAGAUCGCUGGAACUACAAGAGCCCGGCCUGCCUGUGUGGACGCUGGUAUCGUUCGGAAAAGGCAGUGGUGUGAGAUGGUGCCAUGUUUGGAGGACGAAGGCUGUGACCUGUUAGUCAAUAAAUCUGGCUGGACUUGUACACAGCCUGGAGGUCGAGUCAAAACCACCACGGCACUAUGACGUGACAAGAGUCCCCCUCGACACUCUUGCACUAUGGAGAGCAUUGAUGACCCUUUGACAGACAGCCAAACACCAUCUACCACCAACACCAACACCACCACCCUCACUACAACUCCACCCAAACCCUGGUCCAGUAAAGGCAGGAAGCAACAUAAGAGCACCAGCAGCCUCAUGGAGGCAGCAAGGUCUCAUAACACAACCCGAGGCAGUAAAAACCAGCAAGUGACUGUUUGAGGGAGCCAGCUCUCCCCCUGGACACUGGGCAAACUACUCACUGUAAAGCAGUUCCUAUUUCCUGUGACCGGCUCCUCCGGGUUUGUGACUGCUCCCUCCUGCUAUCUGUCGUUGGGUCAACAUGUCGCAUCCACCUCCUCUCCACUCUAUCUGCCUGCUCUGUGAAAUUAGCAGCACCUGCUCGUGCCACGGAGGACUGGACGCCGUAACAUGUUUUUUUGCCUCACUGGAAUUCCUUGCGUUUGGAGCUUCUAACUCUUUUCAAGCACUUUAAUGCAGGAGUUCCAAACGCGCCGAGGGGGAUCAUCACAGACCGGACCCUGUUGCUUCUCACGCCAACUCGCAGGGGCCGUAAAUUACCGAACUGAGCUCUCUCUCUGCUGUGAAUAGGCCUUCUGCUGGAGUAAACCUCUCAUAUUUUUAUAGACCAAAGAGCAAAAACAAUAAAUACGAUCAUUUUGACAGAGUGCACCAUCUGGCAAAGACACACACGGAGACUCUGUGCCGACCAGUGACUGCUCCCACAGAGACACGGUGCACAGGAGGACAAGCCCCCCCGCGUCCCGUGGCACAAGUACCGUGCAAAAAUCAAAAAGGAGUGCUUUUAAAACCUUCUAGACAUUGUUUUUUCUCAGACUAAGCCCACCACUGUAUUUUGAAACUGGAGAUAUAGGUACUACAUAUGUAUAACUGUGUAUCCAAAAAAAAAAAAAAAAAAAAAAUUAUCUGAUUUGCAUUUUUCAGUAGCUAUGGUUGGGGACAGCUUACAGGAAGAACGGUCAGGCCAGGUCGCGGUGAAGGAUCGCACCUCUUAUCAAAGAUACGCUGAACAUAUACAGAGAGUAUAAAUGCUGUAGGGUCUGGAAAGGAGCGAAGAAAUGUCAUUAAAUGUAUUUUGAAAGGCCCUAAAAAGUUAUAUAUUUAACAGUUUUAUAUGUUGUACCUUUGUAGAGACGCUUAUUGGACUUGUGGUCACAAUGGCAGUUUAGUAGGAUGUGAACAAAAUGCUGUUGUUCUCAUGACUGCUGGCUCGUAGUCCCAGGUUUUCUGUUCACACCUCAGUAGCCGCUUUCUUUUCAUGGUCGUCAACAAGUCACUGUCUAUCAGAACCACUCAUGGACGAGAGAGAAGAAAAAAAAAGGGGAAUGCGACACAAUUUAUUGAGGACUGAUCUGCAGCCAACUGAACGUUGUAAAUCUAUGGUAGUCAGUGAAAGCCAUUGAAAUUUGCUAAUUUGCUAUGAUACUGUAUUGUACAUGGUGUGGAAUACUGACUCAUUUCCUCUCUAUGGGUUUUGAUCUCUUAAUUUAUUUUUGUGCUUGUGUUUGUUUCGCACAAAUCCGGCCUCUCUCCUGUGGCGAGGCGGGCGGGGGGAGAGUAAAGAGAGCGACAGAGAAAAGAGAGCGAAGCAAGCGCUGCAGAAGUGUCAGAGCAUACAUUUUUAUCAUGAAAGAUUUAAUAAUAAAUAUAAAUACAAUGAAAAAGCAAUGUCCCCUGCAAAUUUAGAUGGCCUUGGCGUUCAAGGUCAUCGACAGAAAUUCCACUUAAGUCUCACUUUUUAUGAAUGUAAUGUUUGUGUUCCGUCACAAAGAACACGACUAUAAAUGGAAGUUUCCUUUUAUUUUCUAGGUGAGGAACUCACUUGACAAUGGAUGGGAAA